ACCGAGAGCAAGUACUGCUCAGUGCUCAAAUGGUAGUAGGCGGUAAACGCGGCAGGUCGACGCGCAAGUGUUCUGCACGCAGCAAGUAAGAGCAAUCGCGGUUCGCAGCGAUUGUUUCAACAAUUGCAACCGCCUUGGCUGCAUUCGGCGGAUGCCACGGUUGUUGAUUGUUGAUGCUAUUGUUGAAAUGUGCAGUGUUUUGUUUAUUUUUUUUGUUAUCAGCAAAGAAGUGGCCCACAUAAAUUAAAACUCGACGCUCUCAUCUACGUACAAUAAUUGCGAAGUGCAACUAAUGCAAGUGCAUUUAAAUAAAAUUAAGGAAAUUCAGUGCUUUAAUUUAAACCGCACCGAUUAUUAAUUGUGAUUACCCCCAAUUUAUUUUUUCGCGACGCGCUCUCGUAAUUAAAUAAUAUGAACUCUCGCGCCUUGUUGAGAAAUUUGGUGUUGUGAAGCAAAACAGUGUCUAAUUAGCGAAGGGCUUUCCUAAGGGCUUAAUAAGAAAGAUUACGAAGUUGGAAAACGGAAGAAGACGAACAGACUACGAGCGUACUAAGAACACACGAACAUACGAAACGACAAUUCAUUCUUUUUCGUUCGUUACGUUGUCAUCGAGCGUGGCCAAUGCGAAAGAAUCGCGCGAAACUGAAAUUGGACAGAUCGAUCGUAGAAUUGGAUCAAGUAUAGGGCCGAAGUUGUCAUAAUUGGCGUAGAAAUUGCCCCCUCGCUCUGCCCAAUGGGGGGCGAAACCUCCCCGGAGCAGCAGUACUCGCUGCGAUGGAAUGACUUCCAUUCCUCGAUUCUGUCUUCCUUUCGACAUCUUCGGGACGAGGAAGAUUUUGUGGACGUUACCCUGGCAUGCGAUGGAUGUUCAUUUACCGCCCAUAAAGUCGUUUUGUCGGCGUGUAGUCCGUAUUUUAGAAGACUCCUCAAAGCGAAUCCUUGCCAACACCCCAUAGUUAUACUUAGAGAUGUCCAACAGAAAGAUAUGGAAAGUUUAUUAAGGUUUAUGUAUAAUGGCGAAGUGCAUAUAGGUCAAGAACAAUUAACAGAUUUUUUAAAGACUGCUCAAAUGUUACAAGUUCGGGGGUUGGCGGAUGUCCCCGCAGGAUCCGCCGGACAGAGGCUUACGGCAACCGAUGAAAAGAUCUCACCGAAUUCCUCAUCAUUGCCAUGGGCAGCGGAUCAGGCGGAUACUAUUAGAGACGGCGGUUUCUCGCCGCCCCCCGCGAAAAGAUCCAGAAGUUCGGAACACAUUAGAGGGUCUUAUACGCCGGAUAGGGGUAGAAGUCCCUUGAGGGGUAACGGUGAUAUGAGGGAAUCGUUAUUAGGACAGGCUUUAGAAGGUGGACCGACAUUACAUACGAGUACUAACAAAGGACAAUCAGAUUCAUCACUUCAAGCGCAAUCGACAGGUGAAGAUAGUAAUAGUAGUGAUACAGCGCCAAGUGAUCACGGUGACCCCGUAACUCCUAAGACUGAACCCUCUGAUUACCCAAUGUUAGACGAUCAACACCCCUUUAACACCAACGGCGGACUUUUAGAUCAACCGAGAACACCAACUUUUCCUGGAGCCUUACUCGGAUUACAAGGACUUCAAGGAUUAAUGCCGGGACCUUCCGGAAUGCACAAUAGUUCCGCGGAUAAUUUCGUAUCGAGGCGAUCGUUGGACAUGAUGAGAGUGCGAGCGACAGAUCCCCGUCCUUGUCCAAAGUGUGGUAAAAUCUACAGGUCGGCGCAUACGUUACGAACGCAUUUAGAGGAUAAGCAUACGAUUUGUCCCGGUUAUCGGUGUGUCUUAUGUGGAACGGUGGCCAAGUCACGAAACUCCCUCCACUCGCACAUGUCAAGGCAGCAUCGAGGGAUAAGCACUAAAGAUUUACCCGUAUUGCCCAUGCCCGCGCCUUUCGAUCCAGACUUAGCUAGCAGGUUACUAGCGAAAGCUGGCGUUAAAGUAAGUCCGGCGGAACUCCGAGCGAGGGCGUCCCCCACCGGUCCAAGGAGGUCAGAUAUGAAACUGGACGCUAAGAGUGUCUAUUCCGGCGCGCCUUCGGAAGCGGGUAGCUCAGUCUGUGGUGAUAACGAUCCCGAAGAUUUGACGAUUUCGCAUCAUCGGUCGUACUCGGGGUUGGAUUUAGCGAUGUCGCCUCCUUUAAAUCACAACCCCGCGAAUUUAAAAAUUACUAAGUUAGGUUCUUCCGGGCAAGCGGUUGCUGCGAAAAGUAUAGAUUCGAUAGCACACAAUUUGUCCAAGGAACCGUACCCUGCACCUUUAGCGCCUCCGGUUGUACCGGGAAAUACGACGGGAUCCGCAAUUUUAGAUACGUACUUACAGUUUAUUACAGAAAAUAGUUUAGGAAUGGGUAUGAUGUCCGAGCAAGCCGCUGCCGCGGUUCACGCAGCGAAAAUGGCUCAAUUAAACGCUAUGGGUUUAGACAAGGCAUCCCAGCAGCAUUUCUUAGAAAAAAUGCAGCAACAAAUGGGCGUUGCAAACGACUUAAUGAUGAAAAGGUCUGACGAAAUACGUAGAAACGAUGACGACAUAUUAAACAAUGAACACGACAUUGAUAAAGAUAAAGACGAUGGGGGAUCUUCUGGCGGCGAAGAAGAUGAGUAUAGCGAAGACGAUGUAGAACCGGAAAGUGUUAAAGCGGGUGAUUAAUGUACAGAUUGAAAGACAUUAUAAGUAAGUCAGUUCAAAGAUAUUCCAGCUGCCGCAAUUCUUGCCGUUAUAAACUUAAUAUACUAAUUUUAUUCCAUCCAUCUACCUCAAUAUUGCCACACAAAAUUUUACCACAAGUUCUAUCCUUGGAAAGCAUUUAAAUUCCAUCCGUCUACCUCAAAUACUCAGAAAUAGAAAUACUCGUAAGAUAACAGGAUAAUAAGGGUUCUCGUGUGUAUACGGUAAUUUAAGAUAGAUUAAAAUUUUUAUUGGACUACGUUGCAGUUACAAAUUGACUUUAAAAAUUGAUGUUAAAAUAAGAUGUGUAGAUUUGUACAUUAGUACAAUGUUUAGAAAUGUCUAUAAAUCGUGCCAGAUUGAAUGUUGAUUAGUAUAUAUGUACCAGUGAUUUAUACAUAGUGGUUCCUGCAAUCUACAUCACAGUUUUCUUUAUAAUUUCAGUACGCGAAUAUAUUUAAUAAUUGCAUCAGGAAGUACACCUCAAGGGAAUUUUAUAAUAGGUCAAGGGUUUCGUUUAAAUUGUUAAAUAUAUUUAUCAUAUUAUCGCAGUAUACAGUCAACCUAAUCAGGUUAAAUGGUACAAAAGGCUUUUGCCGUAAUACUAUUUUUGUAUGAAAUCUAGAUUAUUAUGAUCUUAUAUAAUCACUAAAAUUUGCAAUAUUGGUUCAUUCGUAGACUCAUUAAAUGAUGAUGUUUUAGUCUUGUGAUAUAAAUUAGUACUGAACACCAACAAGUAAUAUUUUUUUAACUUGAUAACAGUUUGCGCGUGUCAGCGCGUUUAAUAAGCAACCGUUUACAUCAUAGAAUGGGUCUAAACUAUUCAAGUUAAGUAUAUGCUUCCAUACAAUAAAUGCUUCCCGAUAUAAGCAAUCUUCGUAAUCUCAGGUAGAUCUCUCAAAAUUGCAGUACAAAUUUCAGGAUAAUUACUGCUGAAUGACAAUUUUAUAAUUAAUAAUCACUCAUACUCGCAUCCGUGAUAAUAAGUCAGGUAAAUAUUAACUAAUUCAGGUAUCAUAAAUCAGGUAGAUAAGACAGUUUUUAUAAAUAAUUUAUCAGUCACUAGUUUUAUUACUUCAGUUUUAAUAUUAUAAUAACUACACUUCCAACGUUCUCUUCCUAGGCUUACGUUGUUCCAAAAUUUGCCUCAUGACAAACUGAUAAUAAAUGAAACAAUCCUAUAUGUAUACGUGAGGCAAAGUGUCAAUCAACACACGUACGUCAGUAGCUCUUCCAUUUAUUUGUAUUAAAAUCGUUGCAAAAAUCCGUUUCGUAUACCCUUUACGUUCAAAAAUACCGUUUUGUUAAUUGGGCUUACGCUAAAAUGCUACAAGUAGUUGUAAAAAGCAGAAUGCAAGCUGUCUGUAGUUAGCUGUACUCAAAAAAAUAAUGGUAAUUGUUAAAUGUUGACUAGCAAGUUGUAAUCGCUUACGUUUUAGUCAAGAUUAGAGGUAACAUAAAAAAACGUAGCGAUAGAACUCGAAAAAGGUCAUUGUUAAUUAUUGCGUAAGUUAGUAUAACUAGAUUGUUAAUGCACACUGAAAGCGCAACAUGAAUGUAUACCGUUUCUAAAUUACAAAUUUAUAACUGGUAAUGUUCUUGAUAAAUUUUCACAAUUUUCCCAAACCCCCCACCGUGUAAUCGGGGGCAAUUUCUAAAUUUCUUCACUUUAUUCCACUUUAAAGCCUACAAAAACCAGUGAUUAUACGAUUGCUUUAGUACUGUCAUGGAGGAAAUGACUCAAGAACAUUAUACAUCCAUUUUUUAUAAAAUAAGAUUUAAUGAUAAAAAUUAAAAUAUUAUAUUUUUUCACAAAUCUUGUGUGUUAUUUAUUUGUAGUUUUUUACAAACAGAAGUCCUCAAUGUUAUGCAUUAUUGGCCCUUAUUACUCUACCCUCUCUUUUACCCUAGGCAACAAGAAUUGUUUAAGCUGUAAGUUAUGUUAUUAUUCUGUUAGGUGAAUAGUUAUAGAUAAUGUUACUUAUGCAUCGGUACUGCAGUCCAUAUAAUUUCAAGGCUGUUAUUUAUUUCAGUGUUUACAUCUAUGUUAAUAUAUGUUUAUUUGUGUAAGAUUGCAGUGUCAUUUUUUAAAAGUUAUGUAGUUUUUAGAUUUAAGUACUGUUGUGAUUUCCCAAUAAUACAUUUCCGGUUAAACUACCUCAUUUUUCUGAAAUUCAGUUUUCAACUUUUGUGUGUAUUUUUUAUUAUAUAUGUAUAACAAGAACCGAUCUCCAAUGUGACAGUAAUACCGGUAGAAUUUUGUACUUAAGAUAUGAGAAGUAUAUUUUAUAUAUUUUAUUUAGUUAAUGAUGUACAGUUGUUUUUGUUUUUUGUAAGUUAAUUCAAAUCGAUAUGUAUUUGUAAAAACCCUUAGGGGACUAUGGCGAGCUUAUCUAUAUGUGCAGUGCCAUAUGUAAAAACAAAAACAUUUUGCAAAGUUUAACGAAUUAAAAGUUGUAAAAUGUUUUUUCAUUUUAUAUAGGACUCUACAGCAAUCGCAUUAGUAAAUGCAAAUAACAGGAGUAAUGGUUCCUAUAUAUUAUACGGUUCCUCAACAAUAAUCUUCUUUUUCUCGAAUUGACUCUCGGGUAUAAUUGUACUUAAUUAGACUACUAAAUUGCAUCCGUUCCCAACUAUUUUAAGUUACUUACUUACAUUUCUAUUGUUGAGGGACUGGGUGCCUUCUGUAAUAAGUAUAACAGCCUAGUCGCUGGUAUUUCACCCAGUGGCACAAAGCUGAAGCAGAGUUCCUAACCUGACUCCCUUUACGAGAGGUAAUACAUUUAAACAAAUAACUCGUAACUUUUAUAUAGCGUAGUGAACCGUUGACACCGAUAAAAUAUAGUUUUGCUAAAGGGCAGAUUCGUAUACACUUUAUAUUAUAUGAAAUAGAUGUAUGUGUAAGAUAUAACUGAUAGGUAUACAUAAAAUAUUUGUUUUCAAUUAAUAUUAACGUUUUGCACUGCAUUUCGUUUUAAAAAUGUACUUAAAAAUCAAAACCAUGUUUGCGUUUUAAUCGUUAAACUAUGUACUUUUAUUUUCUAUUUAAAAUGUUCCUGAUGAUAUAUAAGUUAGACAUAUGUUAAGUUGAAAUUGUCGUUGUUUAGUUAGCGGUAGGUGCAAUAAGAGAGCAACAUGACAAGUAAGGAUAUAAAAUAAAUAAAUAUCUAUUUGCCA